GGCUGGCUGGGCGGCUGUGGCGGCUGCGGCGGCUGCGGGGGCUGCGGGAACCCGGACUAGGACCACAGGGAAGGAAGGCGGGAGCGAGGGCCAGGCCCAAGGGCAGCGGGACCUGUGAAGAAAGCUGCGACUACAGAGAAAGAUGAGCUGGGUCCAGCAAUAUUAUUAUGGCAGAAGAUAGCCACAUACAGAAGCAGCAAGAAUUACAAAAUGGUAGCUUAGAGGAAGAAUUUGAGGUACGCUCCCUGGAGGCUGAGCCCCAGAACAUGAUGGAGAGCCUAAGCCCAAGGAAAUACUCGUCCAGUCUGAAAUUUAAAGCCAACGGGGACUACUCUGGCUCAUAUUUAACGCUCUCACAACCUGUGUCUAGCAAGAGAAGCACUUCUCCCUUGGGCGCCAGUGUCAGGAGUAGCCCCUCCUUGGCCAAACUUCAGGGAAGCAAACAGUUUUGUGAUGGAGCUGACAAAACUAUUUCCAUGAAACCUCCCACUUCGCUCCUCAGCUCUGCAGCCUCUCUUGGCGGUUAUCCACUUGGGAGAGCAGAUUGGGAUCAUUAUACUGGUCGGGACAGUGAGAGGUCCUCCAGGCUCUCAGAGAAGCCUCCCUAUUCCAGAUACAGCUCUAGGAAUAAAUCACAUGACAACGUCUACUUUCUCGGGGGGCUGGAAGGAAGAAAAGCCUCCGGCUCGCUCCUGACCAUGUGGAAUGGAGGUUCCUCCAGUGGCGCUGGCUCCGCAGCCACCAGCAGAUCUGGGGCAGCGAGCAUGCCUUCAAGCCCAAAGCAAGCUAGGAAAAUGAACCUACAGGACAACUUGACACUUCAGCCCAGGUUAAGCAGGCACAAGGAGCCAGCCUCUGAGACCGUCAGUGUGAGAACCAGGAAGUAUUCCGGGAGCAGCCUGAGCAAUAUGGGUGCCUACAGCCGAUCGCUUCCCAGGUUGUAUAAAGCCACAGACAGCCAGAUGUCGCCUCUCAGCCUGCCUCCGAGAAAUUCCCUGGGCAAUUCCAAACGAGGUCAUUUAGGGGAAAGGGAUCUACCUCAUAGCAUAGUGGAUAAUGACAAUUACCUUAACUUUUCUUCUCUAAGCUCAGGGGCUUCACCCUAUAAGACCUCUCUGUCAGAGGGAAAUCCUUACGUAAGCUCCACCCUCAGUGUCCCUGCCAGCCCUCGAGUGGCUCGGAAGAUGCUCCUGGCCUCCACGUCCUCUGAUGACUUUGAUAGGGCUUCAUACUCAGGGACCAGCCCAAGUCAUUCCUUCAUCUCUGGAGAAUCAGACCGAAUGCUUUCGGCCAGGAGGAACUUCUCUUGUGGAUCUAUGGAGUUUGAUGAUUCUGAUCUGGAAAGCCUACGACAGUCCUCAGAGACUCCCCAGCCUGCCCUUCGAGAACGGAAAAGUAGCAUCAGCUCCAUCUCAGGCCGCGACAGUCUCAUGGAUUAUCACCGACGACAGAGGGAGGAGAGGCUCAGGGAGCAGGAGAUGGAACGCCUGGAGCGGCAGCAGUUUGAGACCAUCCUCAGUCUCUGUGCUGAGUCCAAGAAGCCAGACGGUCGACGCCUGUCCGCUGGCACCACGGUGGCUGAUGUGCAGAAAAUCAACAAGGAACUGGAGAAGCUGCAGCUGUCCGAUGAGGAGUCCGUGUUUGAGGAGGCUCUGGUGUGCCCCGACGCCAGGUACAGGUGCCAUCGGAAAGGCUCUCUCCAGGAUGUUGAUGUUGCGGGCUUCGGGAGCCUCAGCCAUAGUGCCAGCUUCCUGGCCCCCAGGGGCAGCAGGAACGAUGAACUGCUUGGUGACCUCACCAGGACGCCCCCACCAUCCUCAGCUGCGUUUCUGAAAACAUCCAAUGAGUCCUCCUACCUCAGUAUCCUACCGAAGACCCCAGAGGAUAUAGAUGAGGAACAAAGGACUCAAGAGUUGGCUGCAAUGGAAGACGCCCGGAUGGUGAUUCUGAACAACCUUGAGGAGCUUGAACAGAAAAUCAAAGACAUAAAUGACCAAAUGGAUGAAUCUUCCCGAGAGUUGGAUAUGGAAUGCGCUCUUUUGGAUGGAGAGCAGAAAUCCGAGACUGCUGAGCUCAUGAAGGAGAAGGAGAUUCUGGAUCAUCUAAACCGGAAAAUCACAGAACUAGAAAAGAACAUCGUAGGUGAAAAGACGAAGGAGAAGGUAAAGCUUGAUGCUGAGAGGGAAAAGCUAGAGAGGCUUCAGGAGCUUUACUCCGAGCAGAAGACCCAGCUGGACAAUUGUCCUGAGUCCAUGAGGGAGCAGUUACAGCAACAACUCAAGAGGGAUGCUGACCUGUUGGAUGUCGAGAGCAAACACUUUGAAGACUUGGAAUUCCAGCAGCUUGAGCACGAGAGCCGUCUUGAUGAGGAAAAGGAGAACUUGACUCAACAGCUCCUGAGGGAGGUGGCGGAGUAUCAACGGAACAUUGUCGCUAGGAAGGAAAAAAUUUCUGCAUUGAAAAAGCAAGCCAGUCACAUUGUUCAGCAGGCUCAGAGGGAACAAGACCACUUCGUGAAAGAAAAGAACAAUCUAAUAACGAUGCUCCAAAGAGAAAAGGAGAAUCUUUGUCAUUUGGAAAAGAAGUACUCCAGCCUCACUGGGGGGAAAGGAUUUCCUAUUAACCCCAAUACUCUGAAAGAGGGCUAUAUCAAUGUAAAUGAGAUUAAUGAGUCAUGUGACAAUUCCACGAAUCUAUCCCCUUCCACUCAGUUCCCUGCUGACGCUGAUGCUGCUGUCACUGAGCCUGCCUUGGCUGUGCCGCAAACAUCAGCUGUCUCUUCUGGAUUUAUGUUUCCUUCCACCCUUUCUCUUCAUCCUGUCACUCAGCCUUCAUCAGCCCCUUGGCCUGAAGUCAUGGCUACAUCUGUCGACCCUUUCCCUUUAAAUGACACACCUCCUCCUCUACCAGCUAAGAAACACAGAAGGCAACAGCAGCUGGAGCAACAGCACUUUAGAAGUCUGGAAGAAAGGAAAAAACAGCACAAAGAAGGUCUCUAUCUGAGUGACACUUUGCCUCGAAAGAAAACCACACCUUCCGUCUCCCCACACUUCAGCAGUGCCACCACAGGGAGAAGCAGCACCCCGAAGGCUCACCUGCCUCUGGGGCAGAGCAACAGCUGUGGCAGUGUGCUUCCCCACUCUCUGGCAACCAUGACCAAGGACUCAGAAUCUCGGAGGAUGCUCAGAGGUUAUAAUCACCAACAGAUGAGUGAAGGACAGAGACAGAAACCUGAAUUUUACAACCGCACAGCAUCUGAGUCAAAUGUCUACUUGAAUAGUUUCCAUUACCCAGAUCACAGCUACAAGGACCAGGCCUAUGACACGCUGAGCCUGGACAGCUCAGAUAGCAUGGACACCAGCAUUUCUGCUUGUUCACCAGACAAUAUCUCUAGUGCCAGCACAUCUAAUAUUGCCAGAAUAGAAGAAAUGGAGAGACUCUUGAAACAGGCUCAUGCCGAGAAGACCCGGCUACUGGAAUCCAGGGAACGGGAAAUGGAAGCCAAAAAACGAGCUCUGGAGGAAGAAAAACGACGCCGGGAAAUCCUAGAAAAACGACUGCAAGAAGAAACCAGCCAGAGGCAGAAGCUAAUAGAAAAAGAAGUGAAAAUAAGAGAGAAACAAAGGGCACAGGCUCGUCCUCUGACUCGAUAUCUACCUGUCCGGAAGGAAGACUUUGAUUUGCGGAGUCACGUGGAGACGGCGGGCCACAAUAUUGACACCUGUUUUCAUGUGUCAAUCACAGAGAAGACCUGCCGAGGAUACCUUAUCAAAAUGGGUGGAAAAAUUAAGACAUGGAAGAAACGCUGGUUUGUUUUUGAUCGGAAUAAGCGGACAUUUUCUUACUAUGCAGACAAACAUGAGGCUAAAUUAAAAGGAGUGAUAUACUUUCAAGCCAUCGAAGAAGUGUAUUACGAUCACCUCAAGAAUGCUAAUAAGAGCCCUAACCCCCUACUCACAUUUAGUGUGAAGACGCAUGACAGAAUCUAUUACAUGGUGGCCCCUUCUCCAGAGGCCAUGCGGAUCUGGAUGGAUGUGAUAGUGACUGGAGCAGAGGGAUAUACGCACUUCCUGUUGUAACGAACUUCGGCAAUGGUCCACUUCAGGGCAGACUGCAAUAGUCUCUUGCAAGAAUGAAGCCAUAUCCAGCCUCAGAUGGAAAGGCACAAUAGACCAUCCCUUUAACUGUGUACACUCAGAAUUCUUUUCAUACUGGGGAAAAAGAAAGCAGGGCUCAUAGUGAAAGAACAGGGGCUCGUUUGACAAAAAAAAAAAAAAAAAAAAAAAAAAAAAAAAAAAAAAAAAAAGCAAAACACUAUUUUGAUAAAAGCAUCAUUUAGAUGUGCAUUUCUCAUAAACUCUUUUAUCAGUUGAUGUUGGUUAAAUAAACUGAACAGUUUACACAAUGUCUGUAAAUAUGUACUUAGAAUGAAAUUGUUUUAGCACCCAAAUCAUUGCCAAUGGUAAUCAACUGCCUUCUUUGUAGGAAGUAGCAUUUUAUAAAAAUAAGCAAAUAAUGACAUAGAAGGCAACAGAUUUUUGACAUUUUGCCUUAGUUUUUAAAUACUGCCCGAAAACCAAAGACAUGGCUGGACUCCUCUUCAACAUCAGUGUUACUCUCUAACUACACUUUAAAAUGGUAUUUUGAUGCCAACCCUGUAGUGUCCCUCAAAGAAGCUACUAUGCAUAGAUCAUAAACCACUUUCUUAAAAGAAUUAAAAAAUAAAAAAGCUUCUGUUUUAAGAAAAGGCCAUUUCAGACAACAGAAACCUGUGACAUCAGGUAGUUUUUAGUAAGGGGAAUAUUUAGUGGGAGGAGCCUGUUCUGUUGAAGAUUUGCCCAUUCCUGGUGCUGAGAAUAAAAGCAACCAGUAGCCAGUUUCCUCCCGACUGCCCAGUUCCUCCUGCUUAUGGGCAAGGCUUUUACCUGUGCCCUCCCGUGGAUAACUAUGUAACCAUCACUGUUUUGCUGACAAACAGAACAAUUAAAAUAUCUUGUUUUUUGGAGACAACCAAAAUUCAAGUUAACAAACUCUAUGCUAUAUCUUUUUACAUAUAUCUUUACAAAUAGCCUUGUUUUUAGAGAUAAUUUUUGUUGAAUGAAAUGACUUCAGGCAAGUCUCUUUUAUAAUCAUUUCCCAAGUGCCAUUUAUUUUAGUUUUUGUGUUUUGUGUUUGUAAGUAUGAAUGAACUCUUUCCUAAAACAUGCCAAAUGGAUAGAAGUAGAAAAUAAUGACAUUACUUACUCGUACACAUGAAAUGAUUAGAAAUGUCCAUAAAACUUUGUCAGGCCUUACUGGGUACAUUUUUUUUAAAACUUACAGUGUACUUUUAUACCUAUGUACGUGUUACCAAUAAUAAGAUUUUUGCAACUGGAUGAUGCAAGAUUUUACUUGAAUAAUGAGGGACAAAUAUCAUGACUGUAGGAGGUAUUUUUCAUCUGUGAUUUUUGCAUCAGUCCCCCUUCAACUCUAGUGAUCUAAAACAUUAAAAUGCAAUUGCGAAGAUUUGGUUGGUUGAUGUAAAGACACAACUUUUCUGUACUGUACUUUCUCCAUAGGAUUGUAAGGGUGUUCUAAUCAAUUUGCAUGUCUGAACCUUUUAGAUAUAUGUGUGUUAAAUGUAUUGAGUUUGGAUUAAAAUGUUGACCUGAUUUCA